AUGAACCAAGACCUCUCCAACUACACUACCACCUUUCGCGCAUCGCAGCCACGCCGCAUCAAGCGCAAUCGGCAAACAGUUUCGUGCUGUAGCUGCCGAUUACGGAAGUUAAAAUGCGAUAGACAGCAGCCUUGCGGAGCCUGCCGGAAACGGGGUGAGGAGAACGCGUGUCGAUUUGGGCCGGCGCCGAAACGUGCCUCUUCAUCUGCCGGAAAAGAUGAGAUUCGGAAGGAAUUGAGGCAUAUGAGGCUUGCCCUCGAGGCCUUGGCUGAAAAGUCUGGAACCGGAAGGGAUGUCUCGCACAGCCAGCUGGCCGAGAGCAUCAACCGCAUGCAGAGGGCCCUCGAUGCGGACGAAGCCACUGUAUCUGCAGAACCUGCAAGCGCACAGAGUGAAGUCGACGUGGUAUUUGGAUCAUUGUCGCCUACAACUCUUCUCGAGAUCCACAGGGCGUUGCCGAGUCGACAAGCCAUGGACAGCAUGAUCGCUGCGUAUUUCAACGCGCGAUAUUUGACUGCUCCGUUUAUCCAUGCUCACCAGUUCAAGAGGCAGUAUGAGCUGUUCUGGAACUCUCCAGAGUCUGUGCAUUUCCUCUGGGUCAGCAUACUGUUUUCCGUCUUGGCAAUUGGAGCUGUUGUGACGAAUGCAAAGGGGACCAGCCCCAUACCGGUUGACCCUUUGACAUAUCUGAGCAUGUCAGCGAGGUGUCUCUUAGCAGGUCAAUACCUCGAGGCUGAAGAACUUUCAAUCGAGGCCCUGGCCAUGUAUUCCCACUCGAGAUUUACUAUACGAGGGAGCCAGGAUGUUGCCCUUCACUCUUUAUGUGGCAUGACUGUUCGGCUGGCUCAGCUACGAGGUUAUCAUCGCGUCCCGUCUGAUCCCUCGCUUGCACUCACCCCGUUUCAAGCCGAGAUGAGAAGACGUGUGUGGUUUACCAUUCAGCUUUACGAUGUCCUCUGUGCUUUUGGUCGAGGGUUGCCGUCUCUUAUACACGAGGAUAACUGUCACACUGGUCAUCCAACAAAUGUUACUGAUGAUGACUUUGAUGAAGAUAGCACCUUUUUGUCCCCUCGGCCGUUGACGGACCCUCAGAGUAUGGCCGCAUGUGUUUACCAAUCCAUGUUGCUCCCAAUCUUGCGUCGCAUCAUCCGUCAUGCUCUUGGGCUUAAAGCUUGCACUUACCCAGAUGCCAUACUCCUGGGCCAUGAGCUGGAAACGUGGUACCUGUCGAUACCACCAUACCUACGUGCACGCUCGAUUCGGAGCACUUCCUUUACUGACCAGAGUCAUACGGUCAUGGAUAGGAUCAUGCUGGAGCUUCUGUACUCGAUGGGUAACAGCAUACUCUAUCGCCCGUUUCUCGAUCUCACCAAACCCCGAGACCAGCUGUCUCAGGUGUCCCUGGGUAUCUGCCGAAGAAUGGCAAUGAGGGGAGUGAGGGCAUAUAUCGAAGUAGAUCGAGAGCUGCAAAGAGGAGGACGCUUGCACGAGGAUCGCUACAUCGCAAUCAAUUUGUCCAGCAGUGACUUUAUGGUCUGGAAGAUUCUGGCUCCCCUUGAAUUCGCCGACUGCCCAGAUAUGCCUAUCCAAGAAAGCAGCAAUGUCAAAGACUUGCUGGAGACAGCUUGUCAGAUGUGGUCUGCUAGAGCAGCGACUUCCAUGCAUGCAUCCGAGGCCUCGAGGGUUCUUCGAGUGAUAUCGGGCCAGAUUCAAAUCGCCCAACACUUGGUGAUUGAGAUUCCCUACGACACCUCGAAUUUUUAUCGUGCAGAGGAUAUGGGGAAUCAGGAGGAACAAACCCAGCCGUUAUCACACUAUGAGCAAAAUGAGGGGGAGCCAUCGGAGGCCCUGGCUCUCAGCGAGGCCUUCCCGGAAAUCACGAGGUCCCUCAUCGUCCCUGCGUUCAACGAGCCUCUCGUCUUGGAGAAAUCUUCGACCCCAACUGUGACAGCCCCAGGAACCGCCUUGGUGCGUAUUCUGAGCACCUCUGUACGACCUCACAACCGCAAUGGCUUUGCAGGAAAGGGAUUUCUUUCCUUCACUCUCCCCUUUGCCCCCGGAGACACUGCCGUUGCCCGAGUUCUCUCUGUCGGAGAUGGCGCUGUUGCUGUGAAGCCGGGUCAGCUCGUCUUCAUCAAUGGCUUCGUCGCCGCCAGAGAUGAUCCUGAUGGAACUAGAGUCUUGAUUGGUCUUCAUGAUGGCGGUGGCAAGGCGCGAGAUGUCGAAAUUUUUGAAUUGUACAAAGGUCUCUGGAGGGAUACUGCGACCAUGCCGAUUGAGAAUUGCUUGGUCCUUAAUGAGGCGAUUCUGAGGGACCAGAUGGGCUACUCUUACGCUGACUUGAACUACAUCCAACGUCUGGCCGUUGCAUAUGGCGGCAUCAGUGCUGCUGGUCUCCGCACUGGAGAGACCGUUAUUGUUGCACCUGCGACUGGUCACUUCUCCGGUGCGGUCGCUGAGAUCGCCGCACAGAUUGGCUGUCGAGUGAUUGCACUCUCACGCUCAGCUUCUAAGCUGGAGCCUCUUACAAGCCGCUACCCUAGAAUCACCGCCCUUGAACUCACCGGCGAAACCGAAAAAGACAUCGCAGCAAUCCGAAAACUCUGCCCAGAAGGCGCAGACACGUUCAUCGACGUCUCGCCCCCACAAGCAACCGCGUCCCCGCACCAUCUCUCCGUCUCCCUUGAUUCACUCCGACCCUUCGGCAGGGCUGUCUUUCUUGGUGCCAUGCUGGGUGUCAGUGUCAACUACAUGGGCAUUAUGACUCGUAACAUCACUAUCAAAGGCCAGUUCAUGUACACGCGAAGGGAGCUAGUCUCACUCAUCAAGUUGAUCGAGGCUGGGGUCUUGAAACUCGGCAAGGAUGCUGGGCAUGAGACCGUGGGCGGCGGGUUCGCGCUUGAGGAUUGGGAAGAGGCGCUGGUAGUUGCGGAGGGGGCUACGGCAUGGGGUCAACAGGUCGUGUUUACGCCCUGA